AUGGAGGUUACAACGGAGCCGAAGACGCAGAUCGAUGAAGCAUCUCAUCGCAACCUCUCGUUUUCCACUCCCAUCGCCGGCGAUCCAAGCUCGGACAAACUCCCCUUCUUCCGCCACCGCUCGCGGCAGAUCAAGCGCGACACGUGGCUCGUCUCCGUCUUCGUGCUUCUCCAGAUCGUCGUCUUCGCUGUGACUAUGGGAGUCAACGACUGCUCCGGAAACUCUAACGGCCACUGCGCCGCCAAAUUACUCGGCCGAUUCUCUUUCCAGCCUCUCUCUGAGAAUCCUAUGCUCGGUCCCUCCGCUUCUACCUUCGAACACAUGGGAGGUCUUUACUGGAAUGCUCUGGUUGAGAAACAUGAGAUUUGGCGUGUGUUGACGUCUCCCUGGCUGCACAGUGGAUUGUUUCAUCUUUUGAUAAAUCUUGGGAGCUUGAUUUUCGUUGGGAUAUUCAUGGAGCAGCGAUAUGGACCAUUGAGGAUUGCAGUAAUAUACUUCCUCUCUGGCCUUGUGGGAAGUCUCUUCGCUGUGUUGUUUGUUCGAAACAUCCCAUCAAUCUGUUCCGGUGCUGCUUUCUUUGGAUUGAUUGGAGCUAUGCUUUCUGCACUUGCAAGGAACUGGAAUCUAUAUACCUCCAAGGUUUCAGCAUUAGUGAUCAUACUCACUAUCUCCACAGUCAAUUUCCUGAUCGGCUUUCUCCCUUACAUUGACAACUUUGCGAAUAUUGGCGGUUUCAUAUCAGGAUUCCUUCUUGGAUUUGUGCUGUUAUUCACCCCACAGCUGAGACAGGACCCCCCUCCACCUCACAAGGGAAAACUGUUUGAAGAUGAUAUGAGAAGUUCCACAAGGCUUAAAGAAAUGUUUGACAGACCAGUGUUAAGGAUUGUAUGCCUGCUUGUGUUCUGUGGAAUACUUGCUGGUGUUCUAGUAGCAGCCUGCUGGGGCGUUAAUCUCAACCGCUACUGCAACUGGUGUCGCUAUGUUGACUGUGUUCCAACCAGGAAAUGGAGCUGCAGCGACAUGACUACUUCCUGCGAGGCAAUGGUGAGUGAUGCUCAGCUAACACUAACGUGUAUGGCCAAUGGAAAGUUCCGGAUAUUCCCUUACACCAACAUAUCACAAGCCAGGACACAAGACCUCUGCACGCUCGUCUGCACUUAAACAUGACCAGGAAUUAAAUGGGACAACGAAGUGGAGAAAUUAGACGAUCAAUGUCAAAAUGGUAGACGGAAAGAGAAGAGGAGUAUGGACCCAAAACAGUUGUUUCUUUAUCUUAAGUCAUAACUGAGAAAACGAAACAUUCCCGCAAAUCUACACCUUGGUACUACUCUUCUGCUACUUAUAAUUACUCUCUAAGGCUGUGUCGAUAGUUAUACACUCAUAUAGUUAAACAUACAUACAUCUAUAUUGUAACAUUUUCAUUCUACCAGGAACAUUUUUCAUAUUAUUUAUUAUUAUAUACAAGUCUUCUUGUCAAUAAUAUACCAUCUUCUAGAUUGUUCGUGAACUUUCUUUUGGAUUUUACUUCUGAUAUAUCGAGUUUUGGAUUCAUUGCUGAUUUGUUCCAAAAAAAAAAGGAUUCGUCGCUGAAUAGUGUUUUUUUAAUUGCUGAAUAGUAUUCCUUUUGUCUGUUUCGUUAUUCAUAAACGAAAAUAAAAUAGUUAAAUAUUAAGAAGUUUGUCUUUCACGUCUAUAACAUAAACAAAUUGUGGAAAAAACGAUAUAUGAUAUUAAAAUUUAAAAAUGUAACAAAAAUCUAUAAAAGAAAUGAAGAAACAAACAAGAGUAAUCGGAGAUUAUUGAGUCGCCCGACGCUUCCAUUAGUUAUGGUCCCGUCUUCCAUUAGAUUUGAUGUGUACACUCAUCCACAAAUACUUGGAAUGUUUAAUACAUGUGCAAAUCUACAACAUGUAGAAUGUAGUCACUGAUUGUUGACAAAUAAUUCUAGAUUCUUGUUUUGUUGAUUUGAAUAUAACAUAUAUCUCUACUGCAGUGUAAUGGUAAUAUAUGGCCGAGAUUGAUUAUAUGAUAUGCAUUUUCAUUUCACGUAUAGAUUGGUGAUUAUCCUACUGUAACUUUUCUAACGCUUAAUUAUAUAGUUAUGUGGUAAAAAAAGUAGUAUAAACUUUCAGCUACGAUUAUGAAAAUACAUUCAAUAAAGUAACAAAGGAAAAAUGAUUUUAAGCAAAAAAAAAAAACAAAGAAAAAAUGAUAAUUCAAGUUGAUAUAAUGUUUCAUGGUUCGCAUAUACUAUCAUGUAGUAUUAAAUAGUUGAAAAUAAAACACAAUUUCUACUAGUCACUGAAAAAUAGAAAAGGAAAAACAAUCAUAUAGAUACAUCAUACAUCAUCGUUUACCAUUUUUUCGUAUUGUCGAUUCCAUAUGAUACGAUAAUUUCUCGUUUGAUAUACAUAGAACUAUACAUUUAAAAUUUGUUGGAUAAUUUUUUAAUAAAGAUUUAGUCCCUAUUGUUUCACUUUCACGAUAUGAAGAUACUAUUUCAUAAUUAACAAAAAGACUACUUAUUUUAUAUCAUCCUAACCAAAAUCAUAAUUGCAAUAAUAUUGAUAUUUAUUGGUGGUUUGAAAAGAGAGUGUACGAAUAGAAUUAAAGAAAUACAGAUGAGUAUAGAAUACGCGCCGGCUUGAUAACGGGAAUAAAGCAACAUAUGUACUGCUUAGCUUGCAACAUCUAUAACCCUUUUGCAUUUAAUUCUCUUAAUUUUAUCUUAUCUACUUAAAUGUUUUUAUUAAAUAUUCUACUGCGUCAACUGAAUGUUAUAUAGUAUUUCUUUUCUUGGUAUCCGCCGUUGUAUGGGUCCGAAAUGCCACUUUGGAGGUACGAACUUGAUUUCAUUCUUUGUAUACUUUAGUUACACUGCAUUAUUAUUAGUAUGCUCGAAUCUAAUUGUUAUACAAUGACCUAUCUCGAUCCCUUGAGCCAUUAUCAUAUUAAUACAAAGCAUAAGAUGACUAAUCGAGUUUACUAUGUUAGAUUUGUAUGAAGUAAUAGUAUAUUAUAAAGCAACUUAGGAUCUACUCACAAAUCAUUAAAACCUUGUCUAUAAUAUUUGAAGACUUAAUUGUAGUCGAGGUGUCUAAAAACCAAAGGAUAACUAGUAUUUCAAACAAACUAGUUACAGAAAUACCUAUAAGCACUGUGCAAUAAUUGGAUAAGCAAGUAUUGUGCAGGGUGUAGACACUAAAAAAAACUUUGCUUUGUAAAUUGUAAUCAAUCAACUAAGUGCAAAACUAGUAAGGCAUGAAAUGGUAUUAGAUGCCCUCCCUCGUAGAAGACGCUAGCUCAUAUACUAAAAUCACUAAUUAUUCGUUUAUUAGUGUACUAAAACAUGAUCAUUAUUAUAAUUACCCUUUUAUUUUAACCAUCAAUACUGGAGAUUUUAUCCGGACAAAGAAUCAAGCUAAUGAGCAGCUUCU